ACGUUUCAAUCUCCCCCUCCACCUCGGACGUUACGCAGUGCGUGUAACAAAUGAACGCAGUCCGUUUUGCUGAAUCCGGUUCCGACGUGGCGACGACGUCGACGACUGUGCCUCCUGAAUGAUCACCGGGCGCUGAAUGGUAGCAGCUGAGAGACGGGUGUGGAACGAGGGUGGCCAGACCCGGAGGAUUCCUCGCGGUUCUCGGACUAGAAUGUUCCUCUCGAUGUACCCCCAAAAGCGGAUGACCACCUCCCAACAAUCCUACAUUGAAAACUUUCAGCUCUGCAAUUGACGCGGGGGUGUUAUUGAGCCUUUUAUCCACCAGCAGAUCCGAGAUCAGACGUCAUGCAGGUGCUAAAUGUGGGCCAUCCGAAAUGACCUGACGCGGUUCGUGGUGCCAUGCCAGCCCCGCACUGACAGCUGCCGGAGACCCAAGACACUGGGCCUGUUGUUUGGUUAGAAAUCCGUGAGCUAGCCGCAAAGAAGCUGGUGCAAUGACUGGCCGCGCUGUCCACAACAUUGUCCGCAGUCUAUGCUAAGUCUAUGGGUCCUGCUUGACUCGCACUAGCGCUGCGAGGCUGCCGUCGCUUCCACAUCUGGACCACCUCCUGAGGCCUGCUCGAGCAGUCGCUCAACUUGUAUGUUUAAAGGGAAGCGAUUGACAUUAUUCCGGGGGUGUCGUUUUCAGGGAGGGGAAGAACCAGCGCCUGGACCGGCUGACUGUUCGCAUCCCACUCCAGACAUGGAUUUGGCGUGACUAUGUUACGCUCUUAAAAGGCGACGCAGCGGUGAUAUUGCUUUCUUCUCACUACAUUGGCUGCAUUUUGACGCCUGACUCUAGACAGAGUGAAAGUGGAGUAUUGGCCGUCGCACGUAUCAACGCAGUGGGAUUUCUACGUCUGGUCGGCGUUUCCUCCCACCCUUCCCGCGGUGACGGUUAUGGGUCGGAAGCGGUGUGUCGGUGCAGAUUGUUCCAAGAUGGCGGCCGGGUGCUGCGGGGUGAAGAAGCAGAAACUGUCGGGAUCGCCCGGAUCAGGGGGUCCCGGCGGGGUGGGGGCGGGAAGCGGGGUGGCAGGAACCGGGCAUUGUGGGUCGGAGUUGGGGAUUGGCUCGUCUGCGACAGUUGCAUCGGCGAACGUGAGCAGAGCGAACGGCCUAGGGGGACCGGGGGGAAACGUUAGCAGCAGCGGCAGCAGCAGCAGCAGUAGUAGUAGCAGCAGCAGCAGCAGCGGCACGAACGCUCUGUCCCCAACACCGACUGGUUACACCUCAUCCGGUCUUUCCCCGAACCUCAGUCCAGGAUCCGGCUCGGGAAGUGGAGGCAGGAAAAUGGUGGUGUCUGCGGAGAUGUGCUGCUUCUGUUUUGACGUGCUUUAUUGUCAUCUGUACGGAUACCAGCCUCCCAGAACACCCAGGUUUACAAACGAUCCCUACCCGCUGUUUGUCACAUGGAAAAUAGGAAGAGACAAGCGGUUGAGGGGUUGUAUAGGUACAUUUUCUGCCAUGAAUCUGCACUCAGGACUCAGGGAGUACACCCUUACCAGUGCCCUUAAAGACAGCCGCUUCCCCCCCAUGACAAGGGAUGAGCUGCCUCGCCUCUUCUGCUCAGUGUCUCUUCUCACCAACUUUGAAGACGUCGGUGAUUACCUUGACUGGGAGGUGGGUGUUCACGGUAUAAGGAUUGAGUUUUUCAAUGAAAAAGGAUCAAAGCGCACCGCCACCUACCUGCCAGAGGUUGCUAAGGAACAAGGAUGGGACCACAUUCAAACCAUAGAUUCCUUACUACGAAAGGGAGGUUACAAAGCUCCCAUCACAAAUGAAUUCAGGAAGACCAUUAAGUUAACCAGGUACCGUAGCGAGAAGAUGACAAUGGCUUACUCCGAUUACAUAGCCCACCGCCAGCACCAUCACUACCAGAACGGCAUCGGGCACCCUCUACCACCCUACAACCAUUAUUCCUGACAGCGAGCCGCAUGACCAAUCAUUGGACCUCUCUGCUGACCUUUUCCCAGGAGAACCUGCCCCCUCCUGGUCUAGCUAUUUCUACUACUGUACCAUUUUAUGAUGAUUGUUUCCGUUGCCAUGCUGGUGGUCUGCCAUGGCAACGGGUUCUGUGACACAUCAUUUGAUCAUGGCGAGGGACCACCGUCUCUGCCUGUGGUUAAGUUUUUGCAGCAGAUGUAACCCCUUCACUCACGUUCUGUUUCUAUAACCCGCACUAGAACAUGAGUCUAGUGUUUUUCCUACCAAUUGAAUUAGAUCAGAGUCUGUGGAUGGAAGUCUCUAACAACAGUUUGUAUUCCGCCAGCAUAUUUUGGUUUUCCUAACACGACUAAAAUCCUUCUUCGAAACAUAUAAUAAGGUCUUCAAUUCUGGAAGCGUAUAUCUUCUGAUUCCUCUGAAAAAAAGUAGAAAAAGAUUUAAAAAAGAAAGGUUGAACCUUCGAGGUGAACUCUUUAAGUGUUGUAUUUGGAUCUAUUCAUGUGUACUGGGAUUCUCCAAAGUUUAGAUUUUAAGGUUGUGGUGCUCUUGGGCCACGUGGCUGGUCAUUUUUAUUGUUUGAGCUCACAAUUGUGUGUGUUUCUGUGUGGCCCACUUAUAAACAACCCAUCGGAAAUUGGAUUUGAUGGAUAAUUUAAAGCAACAACGGAGCUAGUUGGAAGGCUCCCUUCAGUACUUUAGUUUUCAAACCUAUGAGGGUGUUUGCUCGGGGCGUGCAUCCGUGUUCCAUUUGUUUUGUCCGAUUCAAGGCAACAGCAGCGGAAGCCAUUUUGUCUGAGGGCAGUGAUGUCCGUGCAGACGACUCACGAUUGGAGUCAGUGUUCUGUUUCUCUGCUCGAAAACCUAAAACAGGAAGCUCAAGAUUUUAUUGUCGUGCACGGUUUGUUUCUGUGUGCAGGCAGGAAGUCACAUGACAGGGAAAUGCUAUACUUGAAGCCAUAUUCUCUCAUGUUUAAUUCCACCUCUCCUCACCUCUCGUCUGUGUAUAAGUAGAAACAAUGUCUCGCACCUCAGAUUAUAGCGAACCAUUACACAAUGUAUUGAAAUAGUUGCCGUGAAUGAAGACGCACAAAGAAGUGAUCUAAUGAACGUGUUUGUUUUGCAUGUCGUGGUAGGAUUUAGAGCGUUAAGAGCAGCUGCGAGGGUCGAGCUCUCCAAGCUGCCGCCGUCACCCCGAGACCCUUCUGACCUGUGUGUGGAAGAGUUCUGAGGCCUGUUUUGUCAGCUGUGGAGUGAAUGAGCUUGUUGGAAUAAGCUAGUUUCCAACCAAAUGUCUCAGUGGUGGUGCAUCUUGGAGGCACUCGGCUCAGCAGAAUGUCACCAAGUGUCGUGGAUCGUCGGUCGCUAGUUGUGUUCUCGAGCUCUUAACUGGAAACGUUGUGUUCAGAGGUUCUUGUUACUUGACCAAAUCAUUCUUUCUGUAACAGCCUUUACUAACUGACAGGUUAUUUUUCAUUUAUGCAAAAAGAAAAAAAAAACGUCAAGGGCUUUAUGGCACUCCAUCCACAGUCACCCGAAAUGACCCAGAUUUAAGUUGUGUUGCCUUAAAUGAAUGAUUUAUUGAACAGUGGAGCGGGAGAAGCAGCUGGCUGUCGCUCACGUGUGCUCGGUCUGACCUUUAAGAGGCCUGUCUCAUACUGUCAGCACCUGCAUAUUGAGAUCUCGGGACGGCCGCGCGGCUUCUCCUGGGCCAUUCGAUACAGCACAACCUGAAUUCUACUGCUGCAAAACCAAAUUGACCAUGCUCUUUUACAUGUCUUUGUAUACACAUGCAACGUAUUGCAUGUGGGUAUGAGUAUGAGACCUAUGGUUUUAUCCAUGAUGUAUGCUUGAUGUAUGGCUUCGACACUCUUAAGAGAUUCACACGACAAAUAUGGUGCUAUCUGACCUCAUAUUGGGGUGGUCACAUCUCGUGACUGGUCAUGCGGACUCAUCGAUCAUAUCACACUUAACGCCGCAUGUGAGGUUCUCUCUUCGCACUGCCGCUGUGACACUACUCGCGGCGGCCGAAGGAGGGUCACCCACGCAAACGUAGCCUCAGCUUGCAAAGUCUAAGUUCGGGUGAUGAUAUUUUAGUGUCGGUUCCCUAUGGGAAAAUGGGCAUUCUUCAGAGUAUAGACAGCGGAGGUGUCACAGGGGCUAUGGAAUGUACUGUUAAUGGCCGCCGGCACAGUGGAUGCUGAGGAGCGAACCUCACAUGCUUGACUCUCCUUGAUAUAUGCAGAUAUCUGUUUUACAGGUGUUUUAUUUUUGUUGUACCUGUGCAAGUCAACACACUGCAGGUUUGAAAGGACAAGAAGUCAAACAUGACCCUCUUUUGCAUUCCCCCCCACCUGUGGCCAAGAGUCCAUCCAGUGUGACUGUCAGCAGAUUGCAGUAUGUAGACCUUGUCUCCUCAACUAUAGAGGGCGGACGCCGCUGCUUACCGCAGCGCCUCCGUCCUCUUUCUCCAGCUGCUCGGAGGGUGUGUCGGCCUGCGAACAGGCUGAUCUGACUGCUCUCUCACAACAUAGAAGGUGUGCAUCUCAAUGCAAAGCGAUGCAGGGUUAUAAUGCAGGCUGCGUGUGGACUGAUAAAACUAUUUCAAAGCAUUGAUACCUCAUGGGGUGUUGUGGAACAGCUAGUAGUUUGUUGUAGCAGAUAGUCUUGGUUCCAUAACCAGGGUGAGAGUUCGGCCCCAGCAUUCCUGGCGUGGUCUUCUGUGGUGGAGUGCUGGAGCUUGCGUGACCAUGUACGAUUGAACCAAAGAUGCCGGCGGCCAUGCCCAAGUGCUGCUCUCCAGGCCUGGCUUCCUGUCCUUCCAAAAAAAAAAAAAAAAACACCCCUGCAAUUGACAAGAUGUUCUUUACGUUCUUCUUAUGUGCAAAGUUUUCUCACUUGUUUUGACCUUCGGAGCAACCCAAUAUUUCAAUGAAUUUUCAUUGAUCCUGUCUCUGAUGCUGUUCAAUGCAUCGAUGAUGGUUUGACAUGGUUGCUAGUUGUUGUUACUUGUUUUAUUUUUUAUUAUUAUUGUUAGUAUUGCUAUAAUUUACAAAAAUGAAAAUCCCAUGGUGUGCCUCCUAGCUUUAUGGGUUUAUAAAUGUUUUUUCCCUGAAGACCAGCAGUUAUACUUUGUAUAAAAGAUGGAUUUUUUUCCUUAUUUUUUAUGCCAUUAAAAAAGAUUAAAGGCC